CCGGCGGCCGUGGAAGUGAGCCGCCAACCGGGAAGCGUGGGGGAUCGGUCCCGAAGCACGCAUGGGGCUGGGUCCGCGUUCGGCUCACAAGGGGCGGCGCCAGUUCGUGGGCGCCGGCCGACGGGGACGCGCGGCCCGGGGUUCGGGGCGUCCCCCUCCGGGCCGCGAUGAGCGUCCCCGGCUGCCGGCGGCGGCGGCCUCGCGCGCAGAGCAGGCCCCCGAGGCCCUCCCGCACCUGAGCCCGGAGGCGCUCGGCUAUUUCCGACGGGCGCUGUCAGCGUUGAAAGUGGCUCCCGACGCCGCGGAAGAACGAGAGUUGAUGGUGCGCAAUAUUUUGAAGGAAGUGGAGGCUCAGGCCCUAGCCUUGGCCACGAACAGGACUGGUAGCGAAAUGCUGCAGGAACUUUUGGGGUUCAGUCCUUUGAGACCUCUGUGUCGAGUGUGGGCUGCUCUGCGCCCCAACUUGCGCUUCGUGGCUUGUCAUCGAUGUGGGGUCCACGUUUUGCAAAGUGCUCUGCUGCAGCUGCCUCGGUUGCUGAGGAGUCCUGCAGAAGCGGAGGAUGAGGAUGAUGAUGAUGAGGAGGAGGAGGAUGGGAAGCAUGGUCCCUUGCAGACUCUGGAGGAGCUAGUCCUGGGACUAGCCGCUGAGGUGUGUGAUGAUUUUCUUUUCUUCUGUGGAGACACGCAUGGCAGCUUCGUGGUCAGAACUCUGCUGCAAGUGUUAGGAGGUACUCUUCUGGAGUCUGAGCGAGCCAGGUCCCGGGGUUCCCAGUCGUCUGAAACACAAAGGACCUCAGCUCGGGAAUGUAAGCCCACUGAUUUUGAAGUUCCUAAAACUUUCCUGAAUCGUCUUCAGGACCUGAGCACCUGCUUUCUGAAGGACAUUGCAGUAUUUAUCACCGACAAGAUCUCCAGCUUUUGUCUUCAAGUGGCCUUACAGAUCUUACACCACAGAUCACCUCAGCAUUGUGCCCAUCUCUGUGAUGCUGUGAUUGAUUACCUGAGUUCUCGGAAUUCUUCAGCAAGUGGCAGCCCUCUACUCCUGUUUCUUCGGGACCAGACGAGCUCCAGACUCCUAGAGCAGGUGCUGCUGGUGUUAGAGCCCGUGCGGCUCCAGCGCCUCUUUGAGGACCACUUCCAGGGCCAGCUGCACUCCUUGGCCGCGCAUCCCAUUGCUAACUUCCCUCUGCAGCGCUUACUGGAUGCAGUCACUUCCCCUGAGCUGCUGUCCCUUGUGUUUGAGGAGCUGAGUCCUGCCUUGGAAGCUGUGCUGGCCCAGGGCCACCCAGGGGUGGUUGUUGCUCUGGUGGAAGCCUGCCGCAGGGUUGGGACUCACCAAGCCCAGGUCUUGCAGCUGUUAAUGGAGGCGUUCCACUGUGCAGAGCCCUCAUCCCGGCAAGUCGCCUGUGUGCCUCUCUUUGCCUCUCUGUUGGCUUAUGAGGUAUACUAUGAACUGACAGAGGAGGAGGAGGGGGCGGUGCCUGCAGAGCAUCAGGUAGAGAUGGCCACAGCCAGAGCUCUGAGGGAGGUGACAGUGCUUGGGUCUCUUCUGCUCCAGCACUUGCUGUAUUUCUCCAACCCUGGACUUGUACUCCGGAGUCUGAGCGCCUUGACAGGACCUCAGCUCCUGGCUCUGGCCCAAAGCCCUGCUGGCUCUCAUGUAUUUGAUGCCGUCCUGACCAGCCCCUCUGUGACACAUAAGCAGCGUCGUCGUGUGCUGAAGAUCCUAAAGGGGCAGUAUGUGGCUCUUGCCUGUAGCCGCCACGGCAGCCGUGUCUUAGAUGCCAUCUGGAGUGGAGCAGCUUUGGGCGCUCGGAAGGAAAUUGCUGCUGAAUUGGGAGAGCAGAACCAGGAGUUGAUCCAGGAUGCUUUUGGCCACCACGUGGCCCGAAAUGUGGCCCUGACUACCUUCUUGAAGCGGCGACAGACUUGGGAACAGCAGCAGAGUGCUGUGGCCAAGCGGAGACGGGCAUUGAACUCUAUACUUGAAGACUGAGACCUCACGGUCUGGGAAUAGUGUCGAUGGGGGGUGACAGGACAUGCUUGUCCUUCCUGCUUUGAAUCGGAGUCUGGAGUCUUAUUGGAGCAGAUGUAGCAACACACACAAAACUGUAGUAACAUAAACAAAACUGUACGCCUGACACUCAGGAAAUUGAAACAAGAAUAUCAAGAAUUCACUGGGAUUAAAGGAGUGCCAACAAGGCAAAAAAACAAAAAACAAAACAAAACAACCAAGAAUUCAAGGCUAGCCUGGGCUAUGGCAGCCAGAUCCUGUUUAUCCCCAUGUCCAUCUGUCUGUACCAACACCCAUUCUUCCCCAGGCAUACUGGUAAACAUUUUUGUAUUUUU